AAGUGAUAAUUUAAACUUCGGUUGUAUGUUUCAGUAUACUGAUAGCCACGACCAAAAGUACAAAUAUGGCCACAAAUGGCAGUGCAAGUUCCAAUGACACUAAUGCUACAGAAGCCGUUGUUUAUAUAGAGGCAACAAUAGCUGAAGGACUAUGGGUAUACUGCGCACCAUUGAUCAUCAUUCUCGGUACAAUAGGAAACACUUUAGCUCUUAUCAUACUUACAAGGAAGAACAUGCGAAAGAGCACAUCUAGUGUUUAUCUUAGUGUCCUAGCUGUGGUGGACACAAUGGUGCUGUACACUGGCCUGUUGCGAUAUUGGAUCAUUUACAUUUCUGACGUAGACAUACGGGAUAUAACACUUGGUGGGUGCAAGGUACAUAUAUUUAUAGUUUACUAUACGGUGCAUCUGUCAGCGUGGAUCUUAGUUGUGGUCACAUCCGAGAGAUUGAUCGCCGUCUAUAUCCCCCACAAAGCCCAGGUCUAUUGUACCCACUUCUCCACACUUAUCACGCUGUGCGUUCUCUUUGCUGUCUUCUUCGUUACCAACCUUCACUUCUUCUGGACAUUUGGUUACAUUGAAAUAAACGAUAAUGGUGAAGAAGAAGUCGUAUGUAUAGUUGCAGACGACAAAUAUACAGAUUUCUUUUUGGACACGUGGUCCUGGCUUGACACAUGCAUCGCAUCCUUCAUCCCGUUCACCAUCAUGUUCGUUAGCAAUGUUCUCAUCAUCAUCAAGGUUGUUUUCUGGAGGAGUAUUAGGAAAAUGAGCUCAGCGAACGAAUCAAAGAUGACAACCAUGACGGCAAUGCUACUCACAGUGAAUUUUGUUUUCAUUAUCUGCACAGCCCCUAUCGUUAUUUACCUGAAUUUCUACACAGAGUGGUACCCGGACGAGGAUGAUCAAUCUCAAAUGGCUAAAUCUGAUCUUCAUUGGGCUGUUUGUAACAUGCUCCAGUAUUCCAGCAAUGCAAUCAACUUUCUUCUUUACUGUGUGUCUGGGCCAAAGUUCCGUCGAGAGCUGUCAGGAUUGUGGUGUAGGAAGAAAAACCAGGUUGUGCCACACUCCAACAGUCAAACAGAUGCCGAGACCGUUUCUUAGAUUUGAACAUACUUACAUGUAGAUGAUAUCGUAAGAUUUCCUGGGUGCUAACGUUUACCAUUUCCCCGAAGAAGCGCAGCUAGUGACUAGAGAUGGGUGGUAUCCAUUAGUGGAUAAAAAUGUUAACACGAGAAAACAAUAUGAUAUCAUAUUUAUACCAUGGAUUAAGUGUUUAAUAGAGUACAUGCCCAUCACAUUAAGCACGGCGGGCGUACGGCGGCCGUAGCUUCAUAAAAUCGAUAUAGAAAAUCUACAUCGUACUCCUUAUCCCUACAUUUUAUGCUACAUACUUCCCUCGAUUUUGGGAAGCUACGGCCGCCGUUAGUACGGUUGCCGUAGAUCAAAUGUGACCGAGGCGUUAAUUAGUUUUUUCACGUUAAUAUCGAAAUGUCAGGGAUUCGUUUACACUAUGUCUCUUUUCCUUGUUCUCGCGAAGAUGCUAUGGAUCAUCAUAAGAACACAUUGAAUGGAUGCUAUCAACACUCCUAUUCUGGAAACAGCCAACAUGCAUGUUUACUUCAAAAUAAAAUCUAAGAAAAUUGGUUGCAUAAAAACACCAUUUUAAAAGAACAUGAUGGUCGGAACUUUAUUUGGGCGAUCAAACAGGUAGAUAGUAUCUGUCUAUUAGUAAGGUAGUAUUAUAUCUGUCAGGUAGUGAAGUAGUAUCUGUCUGGUAGUAACGUAGUACCUGUCUGGUAGUAAGGUAGUAACUAUCUGGUAGUAAGGUAGUAUCUGUCUGGUAGUAAGGUUGGACCUGUCUGGUAGUAAGGUAGUAUCUGGAAGUAAGUUAGUGUCUGUC